CAGCCUAUUCCAUUUCAAAGACAUUCAAAGAGUCACAUCCGUAGCUAAUACACCGACCUAACGCGAAAAGCUAACAAACGGAGGAGUGUAUGUUUGUUUUUGGACUAUUCUAAAGCUUGGACCCGAGGCGAAGUUUGAAGGCUGCAGGAGGAAUUCCUGGUGUCAUCGUGUUGUUGUCCAAUCAGAGACCUGCAUGUGUGAAGCCGCGGCCAGCAAUGGAACCCUGGCCUGCAGUGGCCUGGGUCCUACUGCUGAUGGUCCUCGCUGAUUGGCUGAAAAUGACACAAUCAAAGGACUUCACAGAACAGGAUAUCAUCUACCUCCAUCCCUCAACUACUCCAUUCCCAGGCGGGUUCAAGUGCUUCACCUGUGAAGAAGCACCUGACAACUAUGAGUGUAAUCGCUGGGCGCCAGACCUGUACUGCCCACAAGAGGCUAGAUACUGUUACACGCGGCACAAGAUGGACAUGGAGGGGGACAGUGUCUCUGUGACAAAGCGUUGUGUGGCUUUGGGAGACUGCCUCUCUACUGGAUGCUCUGAAGAAGACAAUGAAGGAACCAGGGUUUGCACAGCAUGCUGUGAGGGGAACAUCUGUAACCUUCCUCUCCCCUGGAACGUGACGGAGGCUGUGUUCGCCACCACCUCACCCCUCAGCGGCACCACAGGGCUCUCACAGUGCUACACACUAACAUCCAGCCUGCUCUACUUCACCCUGCUCAUCUCCACCUCUGUCUGACCAGUGGAGAGAAACACACAUAUAUAUAUAUAGCAUUUUAUUUAACAGUUGAAGGUCUGAUACGACUAGAUGGACCCAAUAUACACCCGAUGGAGAUAGGACUCACUGCAGGUUUUGGACAAUUUAUUUCCCUUUUAAUUCAAUAGGAAACCAGUUUUGAUUAUCUUUCAUCGUUAUGCAGGGCCUCAAUAAACCAAGCACUUAGAGCUCGACACUGCUUCUGAAAUAGGCAAUAUGGCUGUCAAUCGUGAAGGAUCAAACAUACUAAAUAUCACAGUAUGACAUUGCAUCAUUCUCCCCCUACUAGUCUUCUGCACAGGGACAGAAGGAGGUGAAACGGUGGCGUGUUUGGACUCGUCAGUAGGCUAUAGGUCAUUGUAAAAGCUGCAAUAUUUUCCAGUGAUGAGGAAGAAUAACAGACAGACAGCAGCUUCUGUGAGGAUUAGUCUGCUUGAACCUUUUAUGUGUUUUUAUGUUUUCACAUUUGUGAGUCAGUUCCCCAUGUUGUAUGUUUGACACAUUAUGUACAUAUACAUAGUAUUUAUUUUUUUAAGGAACAUGGUUGUUAGACAGUGAAUAUGUAUGUGUGAAAUGUUAGCAUUUAGGUCAAGUGGAACAGAUAACAUAGGCACUGCUCAUGUUUUUAUGUGUAGUAUGUGGAGAGUCUUUUUAACAACGGAAUGAGAGCCUGGUGCCCAUCAAACAAACGUAGAACGCUUUGCAUGAGGUGGUGUUUCUGUUGUGGAAAAACUAUUUCCUCAAACCUUAAAAAGGAUUCAAGUUAAUUACAGGUCUAUUUUGGCUUAACAUUUUCCGAUGAUGAAAAACAAAUCAGACUUACCGUACAGUACAGUAAGCUACCCCCAUAGCUAAGCACAGCACUUUGGGCUAGGCUUCGGGAGCUGUACUGUAAUUCUAACACUUAACUGCAGUUUUAGUGAGAGGAAACAAUGCAUGACACCAUUAUUUACUGAUACUACAUUACAUAUGCUCUUAACCAGAGCUCCUUACAGUAGGAAGUGUAUACAUUUUAAUUCUUGUCCCCUGUGGGAAUCAAACCCACAACCUUGGCGUUGCUCAACCAACUGAGCCACACAGGAUGCUCUUCAGUCUUUUACUCACCCCUGUUUUAAUGUUUUCCGUUCUCGUGACACAUACCUCUGGUGUUUAUACGGUGUUUCGUCAUCUAUCAGUCUUUGUUGGCCGGCGUGGCUGCCUGGCCGGCGUGGCUGCCUGGCCGGCGUGGCUGCCUGGCCGGCGUGGCUGCCUGGCCGGCGUGGCUGCCUGGCUGGCAGAGAAGAAUGCAUAGUAAGCAAAUACAGUGUUAUUGUUCUCCAGGUUUUUAUGAUUUGUUUAGGCUGACCGCCCGAGACAUAGAGGAGACCGGUCAUUUCAAAUGGGAUUUGAACCAAGGUGUGCAAGCCUCCAUCUCUGCUGUCUGUUCAGUAGCACUUACAGGCAAAUGCUAAGAGGAAAAGAGUGAAGCGUGAUUUACAGAUGGCAAAUGUUUUUAUCUACUGUAGUCUGCUCUGUUCACAUUUGAUAAAUUACAUUCAGUUUUUUUAUGGCGGGCCUUGUGUUGUCCACUAUCACAGCAAGAUUUUAUCCUGUAUUCUGAGCUUAUCCAGAAAUUAGGUUUGCACCCGAUUUGCAUUUGUCUGAGGAUGGUUCUGGACCAUCUGAAAUAAACAGAAAAAGGGGGCCGCUUUAAAUAAAGGUUCAAAUCCAGGUCAUGUGACGAUUGCUCAAAACACAGGGUCCUAUUUAUUGUGGUAAACAAAGGAAUUCUUUGGGAUUUUGGAAAUGAGGCCCUUUAUCUAUUUCCCUAGAGUCAGAUGAACUCAUGGACACCAUUUUAUGUCUCUGUGUCAAGUACGAAGGACGUUAGAGGUAGUUUCCCUGUUAGCAUGCUAGCAGAUACCUAUAGACUUCCAGUCAUUGUGCUAACGCUACUUCACAUUGGCUCGCGAAAUAACCUCUAAACUUCAUACUGGACACAGAGUCAUAAAAAUGGUAUUCAUGAGUUCAUCUGACUCUGGGCAAGUAGAUAAAGAGCCUCAUUGCCAAAAUCCCGAAGUAUCCCUUUAAGGGCUAGAACAUGUUGUUCCCCUUUAAAUCAAUCAGGCAAUACUAGAGUUUAUCUUUAAAAUAUUUCACAAGGUCUUUUGCAUUGUGACCUGAGAGCCAAUGUAACGGAUGUGAAACGCUCGCUUAGUUAGCGGUGGUGCGCGCUAAAUAGCGUUUCAAUCGGUGACGCCACUUGCUCUGAGACCUUGAAGUAGUAGUUCCCCUUGCUCUGCAAGGGCCGUGGCUUUUGUGGAGCGAUGGGUAACGAUACUUCGUGGGUGACUGUUGUUGAUGUGUGCAGAGGGUCCCUGGUUCGCGCCCCGGUAUGGGUGAGGGGACGGUCUAAAGUUAAACUGUUACACCAACAUAUCUUGCCAGAUGUUGCCUUAAUCUGACUCUAGAGAAGCACCGUACAAGUGCGUUUGCAUGAGUUUAUCAACAUUGAUAAUGUGGCUGUUGCAUGUUAUGUUGUGCCAAUUGAUAUUAUGUAAAUAUCAUCUCUGUUUUUUUACAUGCAAUGUUUUUGUAAAUAACUGUAUAUAUAGAUGUGAAUGACUUUGUAACUUCAUAUUAAAGAUGAAGACAUGACCACUUA